AUGAUGAUGAAGAUGAGUAGUGCGCGUGUGUCUUACUGGACAAUGCUGCUUCUCUUCCUUGCAAUGCUGGAGCCGUGCCCUGUGGCGGCUUUGGACAUAACCAAACUCCUGUCGGAAUAUCCCUCAUAUUCCUCAUUCUCCGACUACCUCAAGCAAACGCAACUGACCGACGCAAUAAACGCCAGGCAGAGCGUGACGGUGUUCGCGGUGGAUAACACCGCCAUGGCUCCUCUCUCCGGGAAAUCAAUCCACCACAUAAAGACCAUCUUGAGCCACCACGUCGCGCUGGGCUACCUGGAUCUCCACCAAACUCAAACCAUCAGCGCCACCACGCUGUCGCAGGACGAGGGAGUGCUCCUCAAGAUCAACAACGGCGACGUCACCUUAGUGUCCGCCGCCAAGCCAAACGGCGUGGCCAGAGCCAAACUCAUAAAACCCCUCACGGCAGAAUCCGAGAAGCAGUGUAAUAUUUCGGUGGUGCAGGUAAACAGCCUCAUGAUAAACACCAAUCCGGAGGUUAUAAUCCCAGUCAAGUCACCUGUGCCGGUGAUAUCACCCGUACCGGUAAUCACUCCGAUUCCGGUCAAGUCACCCGUGCCGGUCAUUUCACCCGUCCCAGUAGUAUCGCUUGUUCCAACACCUACUCCGCUGCUAACACCAAUUUCCGCCGAUAUUAUAUCACCCGUUCCUGUAAUCUCCCCCGUUCCGGUCAAGUCUCCCGUCCCGGUCAUAACACCCGUCCCUGUAAUCUCACCGGUUCCGGUCAUCUCCCCCGUCCCGGUCGUAUCACCCGUCCCAGUAAUGACUCCUGUUCUGGUUAACCCCCCGGCGCCGGCAGUCUCUCCCGCCAUUCUGAUUAAACCCCCGGCUCCAGUAAUGCCAGCGGUGCCCGUAACUUCACCGGUUCCGGCAGUAUCACCUGUGAGAGUGCCGGUGCCUGUCCCAGUCCCGGUGCCGGUAAUGACACCAGCAGCUGGUGACGUGGUUGGGAGUCCCGGUUCUGCGGGUCCAGGUGACGGCUCUGCGGGUGAGACUGAAGCCGAUGGUAAACAUAAGUCAGGGGUGGUUCUGUUUAGCGUGAAUUGGUCUUUAGCUAUUUUGCUUGCUUUCUCCCUUUCACUAUUUAUUAAUUAUGAGUAUUGA